CCAUGAUUACCUUGUGAAACUUCGAUCUAACAAAGCCACAGCGAAUUAGAAGUAUCCUGCCUUCAUCCGAGAUACACGGACGGUGUCAUUUCUUUGCAUUAGAUCACUAAUUUUGUUAAAAAUGAAACUAAUAAAGAGGGAGGAAAGAAUGAGUCAUACUAAGAAAAUGGCGGAAGUGGAGGAAAAAGUGGUGAUGACACCAAAAUGCAAGACUGCAAAUUCAACAACCCUGGUGAUUGAGAGGAAAGCUGUUGAACCUGAAGCCAGUGAUAAAAUCCAUGUGGCUGGAGGAGACCAUACAGGGAUCAUCAUCAAUAAAGAAAAAAAUUAUGAGAAUGGAGUGACGGAGCCUUGCCAUGCACAGUUAGAAUUCUACGUAUAUUUGGUGUCUGGCGCGACAGGAACACACACGAGAGAAGCGCGCGCGUUACGUUUCUGGUUCAAACCGAAUAUGACACCCAAUGAAAGGCCGUACGAAGCACAAGCUUUCUUCCGUGAACUUGUCAGCCCUCAAGAUUUUCCUAAAGAUUAUGUGGGUUACAUUAAAAAGAUAAUGAAAUUGAUGCAGCACAAAUAUAAUCAACUUAAAUUAUUAGAAGUAGAAUUAAGACAAGAGGCAGCCGGUCCGCCUUUGCCUGAAGCAAAUGGCGUUAUUACGAGUAAGAGCGUUAUAUACAACUAUUCUAAUGGCUCGUACAUUGAAGAUAGUGUGUUGAACCAAACGCAAGUGAUCUCAGAACAAAGAGUAUUGGACAUGAUAGAGAAUGCAUAUCCUAACCCGUUAACUGUUGACGAUUUUGUCACAGCGGGGAAAUGGUCAAAAGCAGACGUGAAAGAUGCGCUGGAAGCGUUAGAGGAGAAAGGCCUGACACGUGCCAUGUCAGAAGGCGUUUACGUCCGACAACAUAGUGUAGAUACACAGGUUGUGAAACAAAUGCCACAAUUGUGUUCAUCGCGCCAGCCGAGUAUAGCUGUGAUUACCGCGUUGUACUGCGAGAAACAAGCCGUUGAUGCCAUGAUGGACAACCAAGAGACGUAUGUGCGGUACACCACUGUUGGGGAAUCCAACGUGUAUACUUUGGGUACCAUCGGGAAUCAUCGGGUGGUGACGACAAAACUGCCAUCCGUGGGUCGAACUCGAGAAGCAAUGACAGCUGCUGGUAACACCACCACAAGACUGCUUGGUAUCUUCCAAAAGGUGGAAUAUGUGUUUCUCGUCGGCGUCGGAGGCGGGGUACCUCACUACACAGAUUAUGCCAGACACGUUCGUCUCGGCGAUGUCGUAGUUUCAUCACCUGCGCCCGAUUUACCCGAUAAAUACGUGUACAUAUUCUGCGAAAAAGCAGAGAAGAACGCGAAAGGUGGAUGGGACUACGAAGUGAAGCCCUACAAACCAGCUGAUUUUCUUCUGCAAGAUAUUGCCCAGCGUCUGAGCAACGCAAAACCUCUUUGGGACGCGUUUGUUAGCGAAGGCUUGGAACGUCUUCGAGGCGUGCCUGGAAGAUGGGAAGCUCCGGAAGGUGCUACAGACCGUCUCUGCGUGGACAUAGGCGAAGGUGCCUUCAUCGAAGUUUCACAUCCAGCACCACAAGGGGAUCAAGUUGACCGAGUCGGCAGAGGCCUUCGAGUUCAUCUGUCGCCUGUAGCGGGCGGUCGUGCUGUGAGCGGUACUGGUGAAGCACGAGCGGCCUUCGCUGCGCAUGCGCGAGCCCUCGCCUACGACUGCGAGCUAGACGCCGUACUCGACAGCGUCGUUGGAAACAGGAAGGAUUGCUUCGUUUCCAUUCGAGGCAUAUCAGACUACCGCGACGGUACUCGUGGCAAGGACUGGCAGCCGCACGCGGCGCUUGCAGCCGCGGCCGUGAUGAAAGCGAUCGUCGCCGCAAUGCCGCCCCCUACCGACUAAACGAAACGACAGCACUGCGCAAGUAUUUGUUUGGCAUUUACUUAGGAAAAUCUAUAUUAUGUAUCACUUUAUUAGCUGCUCGCACAGAAUAAUCGAAUGGAGUUAAAUUAAACUGUAGGUUCUUUACAACCGUUUAAGAAAUUGAAUAUAAUAUUUCACAAACAUUACAGUAUGCUAUACCAUAUGGUAUUAAUAUAAUAUAGUAUUGAUCACAAUAUUGUUAAUUUUACCUACAAAUAGUAUGUUUUACAAAUUUUAUAACUUGUUAGCCUUUUUGGUGUGAACACUCCAUUCGUUCAUUACUCUGUGUCACUUUAUUUUUAACUUUUGACAAAAUGUAUUCACGGCAAUAAUAAUUUACGGUUUUUAUAUCGUAUCGUACCGAG